AUGAACGAAGAUGCGGUCGAGCGCGCGUCGAGCGAUGACGAUUUCGAUCGCAUCACGCCGUCGUCGCGAUCGGACGGCGGACCGGAGGCGACGACGGUGACGCCGGAAGGCGGCGGACGGGAGAGCGCGGAUGCGAGGGGGCGUUCGAAGAAGUUUUUACCGGAGAUGUCGAUGAAGACGUACAUGCGCGAGGCGGAGACGAUUGAAAUCGAAGACGAAGGAUCAGACGAGGAUAAAGGGACGAAGCGGCGACACGCACCGGUGGUGAUGGCGUUUGAAAAGGACACGCGGAAGUUUACGACGAGGAUGAUCGGUGGGUGUCAGGUGAAAUUUCCGGAGGGUUUGGAUCCGCACCCAGCGCAGAUGAUGACGAUGUCGACCAUCAUUCGGACGUUGACGCGGAAGGAGCACGCGAUGAUCGAGUCGCCGACGGGGACCGGGAAGACGCUGGCGCUGCUGUGUGGAGCGUUAGCGUGGCAAGAAAAAAACAAGGUGGAGAUGAUGGCGUCUGGGAUGACAACAGCGGUGGAACGAGCCAAGUAUGAAAAGGCUCGCGUUGAGUACCUGAUGCAAAAGUGCGACCCAACGCGGAAGAAACCUCCCGUCUGCGCUCAAGGUCCCGGUUGGUCGGCGGACGACGAGUAUUUCAAACCCGGUUCCGGAAGUUCAAUGAACCCAAAGAUUUUCAUCUGCUCGAGAACGCACUCGCAGCUCGGUCAGAUUUUAGGUGAGCUCAAGCGGACGGGGUACUCGCCCAGGUACAGCGUCUUGUCCUCGCGUCAGCGCAUGUGCCAAAUGCAGAAGAACGAUGCUGAGUGCAAGCAACUGAUCGGCAGCGACGAGGGCAAGAAGAAAACCGGUACCACGGGUUGUCCGUAUUACAACAAACACACGCACGUCGUGCGAGCGAUGGAACGGUACCCCUUGAACGGAAGUCAAGGUAUGUACCCGCAAGCGUGGGACAUGGAAGAUUUCGAGCGCGUCGUUGAUGAAGUCGAUGGCUGUUCGUUCUUCGCACUGAGAAAGAUGUACGAAUCGGCCGACGUAGUAUUUUGCCCGUACAACUAUCUUUUCGACAUCAACAUCCGUCGGAAAAUGUCCAUCGAAACCGAGGGCGCAUGCGUUAUCAUCGAUGAAGGGCACAAUAUAGAGGACGUGUGUCGCGAGGGCGCGUCGGCAGAAUUUUCUCUUCAAGCGGUCGGGGAAGCCAUGGAUGCGCUGAGCAAAAACCUGGGACACGUUAACGUGGAGACGAACAUGCUCGCAGAUUUCUUCCGUUCGAUAUCCGCUUUCUUGGAGGACAUGUUCCGAACGAACCGCGCGGAGAGCACCAUCAUCCAGUCAAAUCAAGUGCCAUCGUUUCUGCAAGAAAUGUUGAGUAGAUUCGACGCGGCGCACGACAUGGCGACGCUCAGUGAGACCGUCAACGAUCUGAUGACGACAAAAGCGAAGCAUCUCACUCCGAUCGUCGCACCGCACAUUUCUCUUGCGGGGGAUUUGGCUUCCAUCGUCACCAUGGCAUCAACUCAACCAGAAGCCUACAACGUAAUUUUUGGAAUGAAGGUUGACAUUAACAGCGAUAGCUGUCCUGGAGUAAUCAUUCAGUGCAUGAAACCGUCAGUGGCGUUUAACUCAGUCGCAAAAAAGGCGCGCUCGGUUAUUUUAACGUCUGGCACGCUUUCGCCGAUGACGACGUUUGAGGCUGAGCUUGGUGUUCGUUUUGGAGCGAAAAUUGAGGCGCCGCACGUGGUUCCAAAUGAAAACGUAUACGUCGAGGUUACGGGCGCUUUGGGUGAAAUCACGUACAAGGCAACGGAAAGCGAAAACGCUGGCAGGCGGUUCGCUCAAAAUCUGGGGAAUUAUCUAUUACGCUACGCCAAAAUAAUCCCUGGAGGUAUGCUCGUGUUCUUCCCAAAGUAUUCGCUCAUCGAGCGCGUGGUGCGCGAGUGGCACAUGAGUGGCUUAUUCGGACAGCUGAAUGAUCAUAAGUUCUUGUGCUGCGAAACGCGCGGGGCGAAGGGGUUCCAGGAGACACUCAAUCAAUUCGAUCGAGGCAACACGAGGAGUGGUUCGCUCAUGCUCGCCGUCUAUCGUGGCAAAGUAUCGGAGGGCAUCGAUUUCAAGGACGAUAAAGCGAGAGCUGUGUUUUGCGUCGGUAUUCCGUUUCCGAGCGUGUUCGACCCGAGGGUGAAGGCGAAGAAGGAGUUUAACGAUUCGCCUACAUCGAAGCAACAGGGCAUGUUGGCUGGAGGCGAGUGGUACAGGGCGCAAGCAUAUCGCGCGUAUAAUCAAGCGCUCGGUCGUUGCAUUCGUCACCCGAAGGAUUACGCCGCGCUCUUCCUCGUCGACGCUCGAUUUCGAGAGGGCGGCGCGUGGAUGUUGAACAACAUAUCGAAGUGGAUCCGAAACAAUACCCGAGCGAGCGAUGAUGUCAACGUAAGCGUCAGGCAGGUGAGCGCGUUCUUCAAACGUCUUCGUUCCAUGGACAGCGCACCGAACGCGUUACCAGGUGAACCCGUUUCAUCGCAAUCGAACACGCCGCUCGUGCCCGUGAAUCAAAAUCAAAACGGACCACCGUCGCCAACACUAAAUGAGAAGCAAGGAGACUUUCUUCUGUCCAAGCUGGGUUGCGAGGCAAACCGCGAACUGGUCGACGCUCUGGAUUCAAUGCACCGCGCGAGCGUGAGCGCGCGAGAAGAGCCGAUGAAAGUGAACGCCUACGCGAAGGCGUUGACGUCCAUUCGUGAACUCAAGUACGAGGUCACAGAUGGGAAGAAGAUGUCGACCAAGGGACCUGAAAAGGUUCAGCACAUCGGUGCGUCGAUGGGAGCGCAGAUUGAUCACUGGCUAAAGCACCGCGUCUUCGAGCGCAUGGCGUAUUACGAGAAAGGCCAACUGCCGCCGGCCAAGUAA